CCGCCAUUCGCGCGCGCGCCGCCAUAGCCGCCGCUUCGAAAAUCGAACGCGGACCGUCCGACCGUUAAUUCAAAUAUUUAAAAUUCGAAGUGCUUGUGCAACGAACUUUUUGCUAACCGAGGAUUUUGUGCCAGUGUUGGUGAUAUUGUGUUGUACUUGUUUUUGUACAGAACAAAAAGGAGUAGUGGCAGACUGUGAAAUGUUAGGAGAGUGUGUUUGUCAAUAAGAUCGUGUGUAGGAACCGUGAUUACCGACUAUAGUGCAGUGCUCAGUGUCCUGGAUACAUUGGACGGCGCUUCUUCACUGGCCUGUUUUGUCUUGAUGUCAGUCCGCUCCGAAAGUAAUGGAUAGCCACAGUAGAUCGGCCUCGCCGCGCGAGCCCAUGAGGCCGCAACAUCGACCUCCCUCCCCGCCGUCCUCGCCAGGCGCCUUCGACAACAGGGCCUACCAACACGACGAAUCAGACCCCAACCAUAAUGACUCCUUUGCCUCAAACGGUCCACAACAAAACGGGCACACGAAAGAACCAAAUGGUGAAACCAAAACCUUGGAAGCAGUCAAUUUAGAACUGAUUAACCUCACGCCCAAGAAUGGUAACGCGAAGAAGAAGGAUGUGGAGGUGGACAUGAACGCCACCAACCCAUACGACGAAUACUUCGUGCCAGUCAACGAACAUAGGAAAUACAUGAGAGGCGAGAAAUUGUACGUGACGGCAGACAAACGGGGCGAGAAAGGAGGUUGCAAGCGACCUCUCUGCUGGACCCUGCUGGGAUUAGUCGUCGCAGCUAUAGUCGCCAUCAUCGUUCUAGCAGCAACGGGUAUCCUAUUCACGGGCUCACCAACUCCAUUGGAACAAUACAACGCAUCGGUGAAUUCAGCGCGGGCGCUAGGUGGGAUCGGCCACGUUCACCAUGACCAUGGAUCAGAUCAUCAACACCAGGACCAUAAUGAAGACCACCACAGUGCUGAACAUGAUCAUAGCAUGGAGACGACGGAGCAUCAACACGGACCUGAACCCCAGAGCGAUGAAGCUCACGAACCCUCCGGUCUUUCGGAGGAAACCGGCGACUUCACUAUGUAUGUACCCAGAACUGUGGAAGGCGAGCUGAAGAUUGACAAUGAAGAAUUCUCUAGCGCGCUUCAAGACCCUGAGAGCAACGAAUAUAGAGAAUUUGUCACCAACUUCGUCCAUGGAAUAAAAGGAGCACUAUUCGAUAGGAACCACCUCGACAACGGAGCAAACGAGAUCACAGUCGAAGUUACACAGCUGAGGAAAGGCUCGAUCAUCGUCACCUACAGAGUCCACUGGAAGCCGAAGAUGAAUAUUGAACCCACUGAAGAUUUGCUUAACGCAAAUAAACUUGAAGCAAGACUUGAUGACUACCUCUCCAAGAACAACCGAAUGAUCAACGUUUACCACAUCGCUGAAGACAAGAUAACUACCAGACCAGUGCUAGAUAUCUGUCAAAUAAACAAAAAUGGUUGUGAACACGAAUGUGAAUUCGAUGAAAUGACCCUAGAUUUCACCUGCACGUGCCCUCAUGGUCAAAUACUAGACAUGUCGAAUCCUAAAAAGUGUAUAUCGUUAUUAGAUUCGGAAACUGAACAAGGAAAAGACUUUACGGUUCUUACAGUAGAUGCAAAACCAAUGACUACAAAAAUAGUCCCCAUAGAAGAAAAACCUACUACUGAAGCAGCUACAUCACACGAAAACACUUUCGACUGGAAAGAAACUCAUCAUAUGAUGCCAGAAACGACCACCGAAAAUGAGCCAGAUGUCAAUUUCUCUCAUAUUUUCGGCCACACAAAUAACAAUCAAGAACAAUCUGAAAUCACCAAACCUGACUCGAGUGAAGAACAUCCAACACCUGAGCCAGAACCUAAAGCUGAGCCUGAACCCAAACCAGAGCCGGAACCUAAAGUUGAGCCAGAACCUAAACCUGAACCAGAGCCAACCGCAGAGCCUGAACCAUCAGCAGAGCCUGAACCAGCAGCAGAGCCUGAACCUCGUACGACUGUCGAACCAACACCUGAACCAACCGCUACAGCAGAGCCAGAACUUGAGGCUAAAGCCGAACCAGAACCGACCGUAGAACCAGAGCCGUCCGUGAAAUUUGGACUAGAAUCAGAACCAACACUUAAACCGGAACUUGACUCUGAAGCAGAAUCAGAAACUGAACCGAAGUCUCAGACUGAACCGACUGCUGAACCAAAACAAGAAUCAGACCCAGAAUCCGAACCUGAACCUGAACCCGAGCCCGGUACCACCACAAAUGCUCCGGAACCUGUUGCAUUAAAUCCUGCCUUCAUAGUACGAGAAAAACAACGAACAAUGUCCACUCCUGAGCCAGAACCAACAUCUGAACCCGAACCAUCACAAACAACUACGCCAAAGACUUCUGAAAUCAAUCACACUCUAGAUACAUUCAUAACCCAUAUGCAUGAAAUAAGUUUUGAUACAGAACACGAUACCUCUCCGGUUACCGAAAUAUCCAGCAUGUCUACAGCCGCAGGUAGCACCCCGCAGUCCUCCCAAGAGAUAACGGAAAAUUCAGAAGAAAAAUCGAUUUUAUAUACCAACAAAGGUAAAUUUGCGUACAAACCUAAUGAUGAAUCGGAGAGUACUACGAGACGCAUCUCUAUAUCUGAACCAAACCUUAUCAAUGAGCCGUCAUACGAGCCGAAACCAGAAAUAAUCUCAAUUUUAAGUGCCAAACAACGAACUGAAAAACCUUCAGAAGCAACUCAUACUUCAGAAAGCGAAACUCCAACGACUGAGAUAAGUGAUUGGUUGGAAUAUCAUAAUUUAGGUAAAUCUGACGAACAUAACCAAACUGAUUUCGAAGAGCUCCUUAAUAACAAUGUGAACAAAAUUAUGCACGAAUCAGAACAGAGGUCAUUUAAAGGAUUUGAUGAUGAUUUCUUAUAUGAAACAACUACUGCGAUCAACACAAAGUCACUUUUCGAAAGUGAAUCGCAAGAUGAAACCAAAAAAGAUGUGACAACCCCAAGCACAGAAAUAACGAGAAGAAUGGAAGCGGUCAGCAAAGUGACAGCCUCGAUUUUACCUGUAAGUGUCGAAAUAGAAGAAGGAGAAAUAAAUAAAAUAGAACAGACAACUACACCAAUUCCAACAACCACUGUUGAACCUGAAACAAAACAGGAAGCAGAAAAAUCUUUACCAGACGACGAAGAAACAGAACCUGAAAAAGGACCUAUGAUAACUUCUAUCCUGGAGGAAGUCAAGUCAUUAGAUACUAAUAAGUCGAUGCCAUCCGAACAAACAACAACUGCUGAACCUGAAAUUGUUACGCAAUUUUCAAUUAACAAACACUAUCAAGAAACCGAAGAAGAUAAAAUAAUAAAAGUAUUGGAGAACAAACCGAAUAAUAACGAAACUGCAACUGAACGCGAACGUGAACGGGAACCUGAAGAAGGUAUGGAUAUAACUUUCGAUGCCAUAAACAUGCUUUACAAUCGUUCCUCUAAGUCCAUUGAAAAACCACCCGUGAGAUCGGACAAUACUACUCAAGGCAUUCCUGCUACAACUGAAGAAAUUGAGGCCGGUGAGUCUACAGUAUCAACUUCUACUGACUCUGAUUGGCUAUCAGAAGCAGUGACAGAAAUAAAUUACAAUGAGGCUAUGAACAAAAUGGCUAAAAAUGAACCCACAGAAACCAUUAUUCACAAAGUUGAUGAAAUAAUGAACCACGGUCUAGUAAAGACUGACGAUUUUGAACCGGAUUACUUAAACAAUAUGGGAUCAACAGGAAACAAGCAAGAAUCAGACGAACCUUUAUAUGGAAUGGCACACGAUUACGAUAAUGAAGAUUCACGUUUUAAAAGAGUAAAUAAAGAAGCUACAACUGAAACACCCAAAAUAGUUGCCACGGAAGCAACUAGUGAGCCGGCUGAUGUGAAAGAAAAUAAGUCUGAAGUGCCUGCAACCACUAAUGUGCCCAUUGAAACUACUACAGUCACAGAAUAUAUUUACAAAGUCGCUGAAAAGUCCAGUAACGUUCCCCAAGUUACUGCAAUGAAUAAUAAUGAAACUAUAGCCGAUAACUCAAAUUCUGACGUUACUACUGUAACAAAAGAAAUAAAUGAUGAAACCACUACAGUUAAAAAUAUCGAGGCAGAAAAACCUAUGGAUGCUGCACCUGCACCCGUGUGGGAAGAGUCCGACGCUGAUAAGUAUUUGACUGUCCAAGAAUUACCAAAAAAGAUGGAACAACCUGUAUUUGAGCACCCAGUCAUGAUUGAUGAAGUAGUCGUGCCAUCUGUCGUUGGUACACCUACCACAAUCGCGCCUAUGGAUGUAAUCAUUACGAAUUCUACAAUAAUUGAACCCGAAAAUAAUUCCGAAACUUCGACAAAUACAACACAAUUAAAUAAUCUCAAUGUGAAUAUAUACGAAAUACCAAGCCAUAAUGGUAAUAAUUCAAUGCACUUGGCGAAAUCUGCGAAUGCUCAAUCAGCGGAGUAUGACGAUCACGAAACAGAAAUGAAUCCUUUUUUACCUGAGGUUGAAAACAACAAGAGUUUAGUUAAAAAACUUCAAGAAGGUCAUGAUCUUGAACCGAACAAUCUUACAGAGACUCAAAACGAAAACACGGAAGAACAUGUCUCAAGUCCUUCGGAAGGAACAUCUAAUAAGGACUCUUUAGCAGUAAUAGGCAAAGAAGUUGAGGCAAACAUUAAAAAUCAAGAAGUAGUAAGUUCAACACCAGUGGCAGAAGAGGAUACUUCAUUUAAUGAAUUGCUCUUGCACGUGAAUUCUCAUGAAAACGAAACAAAUGUCACCCAGCCCAUGAAUAUAACAGAUAAUGAUGCUGCUACAACUCCAGCGAUAAUAGACCAAAUGAACAGUGAGGUGAAAAUAUCUAAACCCAAGGAAAGUGACCCACUACCUGUCUCCACGUUCCUAUUGGACACUGAUGACCUAGUUACUAAAAGAGAAUCCACUACACCCGCAAAUAACAUCGACAUAGAUGUUGAAUCUGCAAGCCCUACUACAUCUGCGCCGGCAGCCAACAACGAAGGGGACCUUAGCGUGGUACCCAUCGAAGAAGAAAAAGAUUUGCUGAAUCAGCACAAAAGUGAAAACAUUGAAGAGCUCAAUGACAUAAGUGAUUUGCCAAAAAGUGAUAAGAGGACACUAGAUGAUUCAGUAAUUAAUAAUGAAGCGUAGUCUGCAGCUCAAUUUUAACACUGUUAGUUAUAAAUUUAUUUUCCAUUUCCUGUGAUUCCGUUGACACUAUCGAUCAAAUUAUUCUGAACAGAUUAUUUUUAAUUUGUAACAAUUUUAAUGCAAUUUUAGUUCUGCAUUCAAUUUACUGGGUUUCGAUUGUUAGAAACUUGCACAGUACCUUAUAUUAAUGUCCUAUUCAUAUUAUCGUGAACAAUUUAUUCAUUAGACUAGUCAAACUAGGAAGAGUCAUCGUCUUGAAAGAAAGAUUUAGAUUUAUUUAUUGCUUUGUCUAUAAAAAAUAAGCAGAUAGCGUAAAAUGUAUAAAUAUCUGGUAAAAACGUAUGUACUUUAAGUAUUUUACGCGAUGCACGCUCUGAAGGUACACGAAAACCUUAGGUCCUGUAAUAUUACGCCCUCGAUCUGGAGGAUUACCUGACAGUCCUAUCUUGUAAUUGUUACCAUAGCUAAAUGUAUAUUAUUUUAUUUUAAAUGAUUCUUGAAUCGGACGCUAUAAUAAGUUGGAAACAAUGUGGUGUAACCGUUAGACGGCGUUUGUUAUUUUCUUGUGAUUGUCUGCCAUGCCGUAUGUGAUAACUCGCAGAUAAACUAUACAUUCCGUUCGUACUUAUUAACGUAGUGAUAUUACACAGAAGUGAGGUCUGAUUGUAAAAUAAUAAUUAAUUUAGUAAUUGUUAACUAAGAUAAAUAUUUUGUAUAAAUGGUUGAU